GCCUGACCAUGGAGUCCCCGGUCCAGAUCUUACGCGGGGAGCCGGGCCCCACCUGCUCCCAGAGCACCUGCCUGCUCCCGAACGGCAGCGGCUGGCUGCCGGGCUGGGCGGAGACUGACGGCAACAGCAGCGGGGGAUCCGAGGGCGCUCCGCUGGAGUCCGCGCACAUCUCUCCCGCCAUCCCUGUCAUCAUCACGGCUGUCUACUCCGUGGUGUUUGUCGUGGGCUUGGUGGGCAACUCUCUGGUCAUGUUCGUGAUCAUCCGGGAUAUUGUGGUAUCCUUGUAUCAGGACAUGGAUGUCAUAGAGUGCUCCUUGCAGUUCCCGGAUGAUGAUUACUCCUGGUGGGACCUCUUCAUGAAGAUCUGUGUCUUCGUCUUUGCCUUUGUGAUCCCCGUCCUCAUCAUCAUCAUCUGCUACACUCUGAUGAUCCUGCGCUUGAAGAGUGUCCGACUCCUUUCUGGCUCCCGAGAGAAAGAUCGCAACCUCCGUCGGAUCACCAGGCUGGUCCUGGUAGUGGUGGCAGUCUUUAUCAUCUGUUGGACCCCCAUUCACAUUUUCAUCCUUGUGGAGGCUCUGGGGAAUGCCUCUCACAGCACAGCUGCCCUUUCCAGCUAUUACUUCUGCAUUGCUUUGGGUUACACCAACAGCAGCCUGAACCCCAUUCUCUACGCCUUUCUUGAUGAAAACUUCAAGCGGUGUUUCAGAGACUUCUGCUUUCCAAUUAAGAUGAGGAUGGAGCGACAGAGUACUAGUAGGGUCAGAAAUACAGUUCAGGAUCCUGCUUAUGGGAGGGAUGUUGAUGGGAUAAAUAAACCAGUAUGACUAGUCAUGGAGAUGUCUUCUUAUAGUUCUUCGGGAAGAGAAGAGUUUAAUGAUCUCGGAUUAACUCAGAUUAGUACUGAAGUCUGAGAUGGAAGGUAGAAUUUUUAACAAACUUCUAGAAAUCUCAUGGUCUGAAAUUGUAAGAUGCAGGCUGCGUUAGCCACCCAGGUCAGUGGAAGCCUCGAGGCUGUAGGGAUGGAGUAUAAAAGAUUCAAGUAAGCAAAUACAGCCCCUUUAUAAGGCAGGGAAGCAAGGCUGAC